UUUAACUUGUGGAAUAGGCUAAUUUUGUUAAUGUUAUAGAUAUAUACCAUUCAAGUGACAUGAAGACCUGAAACACAUCAACUCCAUUGACACUGUGUGAGCCACUAGCCCAUGAGAUUAGUAAGAUAGGCUACUAUUUCUAAAAGGACAUCGCCCCGCAUACAUUCCCAUGACACGAAGACUGGCGUUCAAAGGGUGUGUGUCCUCUGUUGUGGAAUUUGUAGGCUACAAGCCCCCUGUAGAUGCUUCGACUGCGCAGUCUGAGACGAGAGAGGUUAGACCGGUCCUGUAACUGCAAGGAAACAGGGAAAUGGGUGGGAAACGAACAUGAUUUCUUCUUGCGUUUAGAUUUCAUCAAGGAUUAACAGGAAAUUGAAUGAUUAUGGAAUCCGAUCCAUGAAGGAGCUGCAUCAAACAACGGAUACAUUUACUGCAUCAAACAGUUAAGUGAAUUACGUCCAUGUGGCUGGAGUGGAGAUAGCAGGAGCAGUCUGCCAUGGCUCUGAUUAAACUUCAGAAUGUGGAGGACUUUUAUGAAAUUGGAGAUAUGUUGGGCAGUGGGCACUAUGGGCAGGUGCGGGUGGUGCACGAGCGGUCGACGGGCACUCGCUGGGCGGGUAAGUUCCUGAAGCUGCGGCGGAGCGUGAGCAGCCGGCUUGGCCUUGAGAGGAAGAGCGUGGAGCAGGAAGUGGAGAUCCUGCAGGCGUUGCAGCACUCUAACAUCAUGGCCCUCCGCGACGUCUUUGAGAGCAAGGCCGAGGUGGUGCUCAUCGUGGAACUGAUCAACGGGGGCGAGCUGUUUGAUUUCAUCGCUGAGAAGGAGAACCUUUCCGAGAACGAGGCGAUCGAGUUUAUGAAGCAGAUUCUAAAGGGUGUAGGCUUCAUGCAUAGUAAACACAUUGCCCAUUUUGACCUCAAGCCAGAGAACAUCAUGCUGUCAGAGAAGGAGCAGGAACACCCUCACAUCAAAAUCAUAGAUUUUGGCCUUGCCCAUCGAUUCACCCCAGGGGAGGAGUACAAGAGUCUCUGUGGAACUCCACAAUAUAUAGGACCCGAGGUGAUCAACUUUGAGCCCUUGAGCACAGCAGCGGAUAUGUGGAGCCUUGGAGUGGUAACAUACAUUUUACUGAGUGGCAUGUCGCCUUUCCAAGGGGAUACUGACGAGGAGACACUAAGAAACAUAGUGGCGAUGAACUAUGAGUUUGAAGAACAGUACUUCAGUGAGACUAGUGCCAUGGCCAAAGACUUUAUUGAGAAGUUGCUGGUCAGGGACCCAAGUGAGAGAAUGACAGCAGAUGAAUGUCUACUCCACCCCUGGAUCAAGCCUCUGACAAGGAAGCAGGCAGCCAAUAGGAGUCGUUCCUCCAUCAACAUGAAAAACUUCAAGAAGUUCAAUGCUAGGCGGAAAUGGAGGAUGUCAUAUAACAUGGUGUGGGCUUGCAAUAGACUUUGUCGCUUGCAGUUACUGUGCAAGUCAAGGGCCAAAGUUGAUGAAGAGUUGAGGGGGUGUGAGAGUGACCAGGAGGAUACAGAGACCAAGCCAGCAUCGCUAAUCCGCCGUCGCCUGAGCAGCAACUCCUAAGGAUGACCACUAGAGGGAGCCACAUGGCCUUACAGACUAAUCUUGUCUAACAGAGACUAGAUGUCUGAAUGGGAUGUCUGUGUUCACUGUGGCAAGCUCACUGGCUGUGUUAAACAAGUACAUUUUGUCAGUGAUAACUCUGUUUUCCAAUAGAGCAUAGCACUCUAGUUCACAGUGAAGUUAUGGUAACCGUGUAAAUGUUGAGUUCAGUUGUGAGAUAAGAAGGAGGUUCCAUUGUUGUGCUUUUAAUUUCUGCGCUGUAUUUUGGAGCACAGAGAUAAGUUAUUGAGUUGAGGAAUGUCACUCUGUAAAUCAACCAUAGCAGUAUUUCUGAUAGUUUGCAGGCUCUUGUUCUGCCACUCACUGUUUCUAUCUCUCUCUCUCUGACAUACACACACACUCACACACACGCAUGCAUGCAGGCACCCACGCACACACGCAUGCACGCACACACACACACAGACUGUGCAAACUAUUUUAGGAGUUACUUGAAGUUAUUCCUCUUGAUAAAUGUAUUUUGUACAAACAGAGAAGUACACCCUUGGCAACAGCAUGGGGUUUUAAGUGAAAGCUGUUUACAUAGUUUUUGUUUUUUCUCAUACUCUCUACCUCGGUUAAAUGACAGCCUAAUGCAUCAAACCAAAGCUGAGAGUUCUGAGAGGUUUUUUAUACAAUGCAGCAUGUUUGCCCUUUGCAACAAAUAUGACUGCUUUACAAGGGCCUAAAUGAAAGUACUUAUUAAGCUGUAUCUUGGUAACAUUUCAAAUUUUGUUUGCAAAAAUAUAUUAUUUUAUUAUUUUUAAAACAAACAAACAACAAACAUUUGAAACGUUUCAACAUGUGAGGUGAUGUGUUUUGAAGACAUGUUUAUCAUUAGCAUUUUAUAUUUGUAUUGCUGUGUAGUUUAAGUUACCUAGUUUAAUACUGAAUAACUGAUUAAAU